AUGGCGUCUGCCGAAAACGUCGUCCGACACACAGAGUCCUUUGAUGACUACAUGUUGAGCUUCCAGACCCGAGAGAUCGACCAGUUCUGGUCCCACAGCUGGCGAGCGAAUACCUUUCUGAAGGUCAUGGUGCUGCUGCUCUACUACAACCAGGCGCCGGCAGCCUUCUUCAGCAUCCUCAGCGGCGGUGUUGGGAUGGCUCUGCGAGCCCUGCACAUCUUGCCGUAUUUCGUGAAGCUGGAGUCUGCUGUGGUGGGUGGGACCUAUCUCUAUGCGGCCUGGACAUCCAUCUUUGGCCUCACGGCUUUUCUUUCCGUCCUCUUUCUCUGGCGGCCCAAGCAGAGGGUGUUUCUGGACAAGGUUUGCAUCCACCAGAAGGACCCCGUGCUCAAAAAGGAAGGGGUGGAGAGCAUCGGUGCUUUCCUCUACUAUUCCAAGACCAUGCUGGUCUUGUGGGAUCCCAGCUACGCCACCCGCUUGUGGUGUGUCUUCGAGAUGGCUGCAUUUGCGUGGGCCCACAGGAAUGACCUGAAGAAUCGUGUGGAGAUCCGCCCGGUGAUAUUUGCACCGGUCUACUUUGGGUUCAUGGCGACCUCGGUCAUCAACUGGGCGUUGCUCACCAUGUUCCCUAGGACCCCGACGAUGAGCAUCACCGUCUGGCCGGCUCUGCAGUCCAUCAUCUGCAUCCUUGGGGUGCACUUCUUGAGGUCUUUUCACAGAGACAUGACCAUCCUCCGACAGCAUUUGGCGGAGUUCCAGGCAGCAAAUGCCCAAUGCUACUGCUGUAGUGUGUCACAUCGACUGCCUGAGACGGGUGAAAGGAUCGCUUGUGAUCGAGAGGUCAUCCAAGCAUGUAUUAUGACAUGGUUUGGAACCUUGACGGACUUCGACAGCUUCGUGCAAGCUGAGCUGGCUGGCUACUUCUGGCGGUCACUUGGGCACUUUGGCUUGCCGUAUCGUUGGGUGCUGGGCUCACAGCUCCCUGUCCUCUGGGCUUAUAUGGACAUAGUGGCAGAUAGCAUCCAGGGUGGAGACGUGUGGUACAUCUCCUCCAUGGUCGUCGAAGGACUUGCCAUGUGGCUCUGUGCGAGCCCUCUGGUUGUGGCUUUUGUGAUUUGGGUGACGAACCUCUUGCAGAGAAAGCGCAAGCUGGCCGUCUGCGACACUUUAGUGUCGCUUUGGGCAGCAUCACUGGCGCUCAUUCCUGUCGGGACACUGACUUUCCUGUGGUACGUGUCCCGCUUCGCCAUCUCCCCCACCAACCCGCUUCCCGGCGCCAUCGUCUUCCUCAUUGUAACGGCAGAGGUGACAACGCUUACAUACAAGUGGGGGAGAUCGAACUGCUUUGCAUGUGGCUGA